AUGUUUUUUUAUUCACCACAUCCCAAGACUACUAUUGUUAGAAGACCUACAAUAUUUCCUUCACAAUUACGGGAUAUCCCACAAAUAGCUAGAGAAACUGUUGAGCAUAGUAUUAGGAGCCCAACAACAAUUAUUACUCAUCCACCUGAAAGAGUUUCAAUUCCAAGACGUUGGAAUGUUGAUGAUCCGGCUGUUAAUAUAGUUGAUGAAACUUCAACACAAGUUCGUCGUGAUCGAGGUGUAGAAAAUGCACCAUUAAUAGCUGCUUCUGUAGCAGUAUUACCAUUUGCAUUAGACUCUUCAACAAAUCAAAGGACUACUUCUUAUUCACAGGAUGUUCAAACUGAGACAGGAGGACUAAAUAAUAAUAAUACAAUAAAUAAUAAUGUUACUACUACUAUUAGACGUCAUGGUACAAUAACACAUCCUACCUCAUAUUUUCAAAUAGUUCAUAAUAAUAGUGAUAAUGUUGUAUUAUCACCAAGUGAAUCUAUUAUUUCUAGGGAACAUGAACAUAGAAGAUUAAGUAAAGUUGGGAAAUCAUUAUAUUUAAGAAGACCAACUAUAUCAAUUCAAGAGGAUGGAAGAAUUGUUAUAGAUCAUCUUGGUGGUAGAUGGGAUGGAAUUCCAUUAACUUCACAAGCAGGUUUAAUUGAUGAUGAUGGUGCAACAAUAAUUACAGAUACCUUAAAAGAUGAUGGUGAAGGAAAAGAACCAUUAACAUGUCCACAACAAACAGUUAAAUAUAUCAAAAUAUUAAUACCACAUGUAAUAUUAGUAUCGGUGUUAGUAGGAUAUUUAUGUUUUGGAGCAUGGAUUUUAAUGUUAUUGGAGACGAGGACAGAAUUGAUGGCAAGAUCGAGAAAACUUGUUAGGUUAACUAAUUUAAUGACAAAUUUUACAUCACAUAGUUGGUUAACAUUAAAUGAUAUACAAAAUGGUGUUAGAAGUAUUGAUCAUGAAGAAUGGUCAGCACAAUUUCGUGAGUAUAUGGUUUCAGUUUCAGAGUUAGUUGAUGAUAGAAGACCAAUUAGAAAAGAAUUAUUACAACCUGAUAAUCUUGAUAAUAUGCAUAAUAAAUGGACAUUUCCAACAGCUCUUCUUUAUGUUUUAACUGUUUUAACAACAUGUGGGUAUGGUGAAGUUUCUGUUGAUACUGAUGUUGGGAAAGUUUUUGCUGUAGUAUUUGCUUUAGUUGGAAUACCAUUAAUGUUUAUAACAGCAGCAGAUAUUGGUAAAUUUCUUUCUGAAACUUUACUUAAAUUUGUCAAUAAUUGGAAUCGAAUGACAAGGCAAAUCAAGCAUUACUUUCAAAAAAUAUUUUGUCGCAAGAGGUAUAUUAGAAGAAAAUCACUACAAGAGGGUGGUGGUAAUUUAGAUACAUUAGAGAUGUUAGGAAUUGAUGGUGCUGAAGAAAAGUUAUGGUUUCCAAUAGGUGCUUAUGUUGGAUGUAUAUGCUUGUAUUGUUCUAUGGGAUCUGCAAUGUUUAUAAAUUGGGAAAGAACAUGGUCUUUUAUUCAUGCUUUUCAUUUUGGUUUUAAUUUAAUUGUUACUGUAGGAUUAGGUGAUAUUGUUGUAAAAGACUACCUCUUUUUGUCAUUGAUUGUAGCCUUCGUAAUUGUGGGUCUUUCAGUUGUUACAAUGUGUGUAGAUUUAGCAUCAACUCACCUCAAAGCAUACUUUACAAGAAUUCAUUACUUUGGAAGAGCUAAAAGAUUUUUAGGCAUGAGUGAAGAAUUAAGAGAAAUAGUAGCAUUACUUGGAGCAAUGAGGAAAAAGAAAGGAGGAAAAGUUACAUGGAGCGACGUUCGAGAUUUUUUGGAUAAUGAAUUAAGAGAUAGACCAUUUGAACCUCAUGAUUUAUUAAUGAAGAUGAGAUUUAUUGAUGAAACAACAUCGCAAAUGAAUACAAUACGCCAUAACAGUUUUCAGUCAGACUUCUUUAGAGAUAAUGAAUAUAUAAGGCGAUUAGUUGCCUUAAGACCAGAACAACCUGCAUAUCUUUAG